UGAUCUAUAAAUUUUUAUAAAACGGGAAAUAUUAAGAAUUUUGCAUAAUAAAUAUAUAAUCUAUUUGUAAGACGCAUUUAAAAAUGCUCACAUUUUACCUGGAAUUUUUAACAAAAUUGCUUUGAAAAUCACGGUCUUCUUCAGAGAAUUCUUUUUUUGAAUUUGAGCAAACGCUCUGACAAUCGAUGUUCGCUCGUUUGUCACGACUCAAUAAUAAUUAUUAGUCUCUAUUUUCCACCAACGUUAAAUAUUAAAUUCAAGUAAAUAAUGUUCGCAGUUGGGGAUACGAUGAGAAUUCUCAUCAAUACACGAAAUAUACGAUGAAAUGAAAUUGAAAGUUUGGGCAGAUGUGCCCUAUUUUUCGCGUCAGGGUCACCGAAACUCGAUACCUCGUCGAUUCGUACACCUGCCACCGAGGCAAUUAGAACUAUAAAUGUGAACGACACGUGAGUCCUUCACCUGUAUCCCUUCUUUUUUAUCAUACGACCCCUCGCGACAUGUCAUUGGCUAACACUCACUCACGGAACGACAUUUGACGGGCGUCGAAUGGAAUAAGAAACAUGAGUAGAUAAUAUCAUGUGUUGUCGUACUCGAGUCAUUUCGACAUCUCGCCCAAAGGGCCUUUGAAUUUAGAAAGAACCAUAUUUAAAGGAGAAACACGUGUCGUCCUAUUAUUAGAUUAAAAUAGGCAUACUUAUAUUUCAGCGAAGAUUAGUUAACGAGAGAUAAGAGGGUUGUAAAAUCGCGAAAUAAAAAUAAAAAUAAAAAAAAAAAGAAACGGCGGAAUACUUUUCGACGAUUUGAAAAUGUCUGUAUGCUGCAGCAUAUGUAGGAAACUGACAGUGAAUUAAUUAUGCAGUUUCAUGUUUUAUACAACAGUUCAACGAAAUGCAACUUUAGCGAAUUGAGAAAAUUUCUUCUCGACAUAAUAAAUCAAUGCAACGGAAACUGAGGUUUACGUUGCAAUCACAAAGAUUAUAGGAAAUAAAUUCCGCGUGUCCUUCGCACGUCCUCCGCGAAACCACAAAAUUAUCCAUCCGACCGUUCGUUUAUGCAGUUUCGUGAGAAGAACAAAAGAGGUAUGAUGUGCCUCGGUGCGAUUUGAUCAAAGGGAUUAAUUGGAUUGAUAGAACGUCGUUUUUUUGUGGAACACCGCACAACUAGAGCACAACUGUAAGAUGACUACCAGAAGGAAGAAGAAGUCGCAAGAUGGUUUUCUCAAGAAGGUCUCGAGCCUGUUCAAUCUCGACACGGUGAACGGCGACGAUGACUGGGAGUACGAGGAGAUCGUUUUGGAGCGGGGCGGGGCGGGCCUUGGUUUCAGUAUCGCCGGCGGCACGGACAAUCCCCAUUAUGGCAACGACACCGCCAUUUACAUCACUAAACUCAUACCGGGCGGCGCCGCGUCCGCGGACGGCCGGCUGCGUGUCAACGACACGAUACUGCAGGUGAACGACGUGUCCGUUGUCGACGUACCGCAUGCAGCCGCCGUGGACGCGCUCAAGCGGGCGGGCAACACCGUCAAACUGUAUGUUCGCCGACGGAGACACACGCAGUUGAUGGAGAUCGAGCUGAUCAAGGGGAACAAGGGCCUGGGCUUCAGCAUCGCCGGCGGUAUCGGCAACCAACAUAUACCAGGCGACAAUGGAAUCUACGUAACCAAAAUCAUGGACGGCGGGGCCGCUCAGGUGGACGGCCGCCUCGUUGUCGGCGAUAAAUUGGUAGCUGUCAGGAACGCUCUGCAGGGUGAUAAAAAUCUGGAGAACGUGACACACGAAGAAGCAGUGGCGACUUUGAAGGCAACCCAAGAUCGCGUUGUGCUUUUGGUUGCCAAGCCGGAAAGUGGCAUCAUCCCCCCGCCCCCUCCACCGAUAGCGACGGACAAUUCCCUCUCGCCUCAGCCACGUAAACAAAAUGGCUCCGUAUCGGCGAUGGAGAACAACACCGCAGCUCUACCGUACUCGCAAGAAUCACGCCACGCGUCCUCCCUCGCUUUGCACGGUUCCGGGACACCACGAGCAGUUUCCCAGGAAGACGUCUCACGGGAGGUGCGCACUGUCGUAUUGAAUAAAGGCUCUUCCGGUCUGGGCUUCAACAUCGUCGGCGGUGAAGAUGGCGAAGGCAUCUUUAUCUCGUUUAUUUUAGCCGGAGGUCCGGCCGAUCUCAGCGGUGAAUUACGCAGAGGCGAUCAGAUAUUGAGCGUUAAUGGUAUUAAUCUCCGAACAGCCACCCACGAGGAGGCCGCCGCGGCUCUCAAGGGUACCGGCCAGACAGUGACAAUCGUGGUGCAAUACAAACCGGAGGAUUACAACAGAUUUGAGGCAAAGAUCCAGGAUCUUAAACAGCAAAUCUCGCAACAGAAUGUGAUGACAGGCACCCUCAUGAGGACCUCCCAGAAGAAGUCACUCUACGUGAGAGCGUUGUUCGACUACGACCCCAACAAGGACGAUGGUCUGCCAAGCCGUGGCUUGGCGUUCCGUUAUGGUGAGAUCUUGCACGUGACGAACGCCAGCGACGAUGAAUGGUGGCAGGCAAGAAGAGUUACCCCACAGGGCGAGGAAGAAGGUCUGGGCAUAAUACCCUCGCGCAGACGAUGGGAACGUAAGCAACGUGCCAGAGACCGUUCUGUCAAGUUCCAGGGACACAUGCCGGUCAUUCUUGAUAAGCAAUCAACACUAGACCGGAAGAAGAAAAACUUCUCGUUUAGCAGAAAGUUUCCGUUUAUGAAGAGCAAGGAUGACAAGUCCGAGGAUGGUUCUGAUCAGGAACGAACGCCCACCACACCCGAGAAUGAGAACGAUCCCACUCCAUUCAUGCUGUGCUACACCCAGGACGACACUAACACUGAAGGCAGCGAAGAGAACGUGCUCUCGUACGAGGCCGUGCAGCAGUUGACGAUACAAUAUACGCGUCCCGUGAUCGUUCUCGGGCCGCUCAAGGACCGCAUCAACGACGAUCUCAUCUCUGAAUUCCCCGACAAGUUCGGCAGCUGUGUUCCACAUACAACUAGGAGUAGAAGGGAAUAUGAGGUGGACGGACGAGAUUAUCACUUUGUGGCGUCGAGGGAGCAGAUGGAGAGAGACAUACAGAAUCAUUUGUUCAUAGAGGCUGGACAAUAUAACGACAAUCUUUAUGGAACAUCCGUCGCAUCUGUGCGGGAAGUGGCUGAAAAGGGCAAGCACUGUAUUCUUGAUGUGAGUGGAAAUGCUAUCAAGAGGUUACAAGUAGCGCAACUCUAUCCUAUUGCCAUCUUCAUCAAGCCGAAAUCAAUCGAGUCUGUCAUGGAGAUGAAUAAAAGGAUGACCGAGGAGCAAGCUAAGAAAACGUACGAGCGGGCUCUCAAGAUGGAGCAAGAAUUUGGUGAAUACUUUACUGCCGUUGUCCAAGGAGAUACACCCGAGGAGAUCUAUGUGAAAGUGAAGGAGGUCAUCUCCGAGCAAUCAGGACCGAACAUCUGGGUUCCCUGCAGGGACCAGCAGCUGUGACGUCCUGCCCCCCACGCUCAGCACGGGCCCAACGCAUGGACCCUGCCACCGAGGCGACAAGCUUAAUUAUUUAACGAUAAAUAUGAUUAAGUAACAACUCUAACACCCUCUCCUAAUCCCUCUUUCCUUUCCAUAUCCCACGUAGCACGAGAUCCCUAUUUAAAGGGACAACGCGACGUGAAUUGUCGCAGAGAAUUUAAGCCGCGAGAAAAUACUUAAAUGGUAGGGCACACGCGAUAUCAUCGACCAUUUCCCCGCAGAGAAUUGAUAAAGUCAGUCAGUCAGGACGCGUAAUUUAUUCUCCUUCGAGUUUAAAGAGUCUAAUCGGAAGAUCGUCGAGGGGAAAACGAGGAUAUUCGAGCAUACGUGCUCAAUGUGUUGAAUUUUAUCACAACCGACGUCUCCGUUUAUGGGGGGGGAAAAAAAAAGAAAACGACGGAGAGAAAUUUGUAACGUUUAUCGCAUGAUCGUCGAUUAUUCGUAUCGUGAUCGUCCCUAAUUUUAUUAACUAACCUCGCGAAUUUAGGGGCAUUGUACAAUUGCUCGAGAUGGUUAGAACGGCGUACGCUGAAAUCGAGUUGAAAGAGAGUUCUGUCAAAAAUUUGAUCGAGCCCUCAACUGCUGAAGAGAUGAACGCUUUUUCGGUCAUCAUCGGGCGCGGUAUUUUUUAAUGUACUUAAGCGCAGUUGGCGCGCACGCGCCGGGAACGUCGAGCGAAUUCGACGAACUCGACGGAAAUGGGGAAAACACGGGUAGGAAGAAAGAUCGUAAGUCCCAGCGACGUUGUAUAUGUGUUACACGAACCUCACACUUAAAAGGAAUUAAAAGAAACAAGUAAAAAGGAAAAAAAAAACAAGAAAAAAAAAGAAGAAGAAAAACCUCACAGGACAAAUCUUUAGACGCUAGAGAUAUAUAUAUAUAUAUAUAACGAUAUAUAAUGUUUUGUACAGCUAGAUAACUAAGCCAGUAACUGGGUUAUGUGCAACAUUAUAUUUGCAGGAUGUGCAGGCCGAGGCAAAGGGAGAAAGAGAAAGAAAAGUGAGGGGGAGAAGGAGCAAAAACACUACUGUAAUUUAAAUAUCACUACUAAAUUAUUAUGAUAGUAGAUAUUAUUGUAAAUACGUAUUAUAUACUCGCGUGUAUCGAGAUGGAGGGACAUCGUAAACAAGUGAAGACAAGGA